CGCACUCAACUCUCGUUCUUGAACAUUUUAUGAUGAACAACAUCAGGCAACUGAAAGAAUCACAACGAGAGGCUCAUCCAGGAUUUAGUAGCUAUUUAGAGUGCAUGACACGGUCAUUGUUCACCGGACUAUCGGCGUUUGUUUUGGCUUUCUCUGGUACAUACUUCGGACAGAAAUUGGUGGCCCAAAGACUGCCGUAUACCCAAAAAACAUAUAUUCUUGUAUCGUCUGCGGUUGCGGCUGCUGCAUCAUAUAAAAUUACGAGUGAUCGAACGAACGCUUGCCAGGCGGCUUGGAUGGCAGCAGAGGAUAAACAUACAGCAUUAAAGGACACAAAAAUCGAAUAAGGACACAACUGAACCAGACGCUGCACUAUG